ACUUCUCCGGCACCCGGUGGGCAGGGUGAUACAUAGUUACCUCCCGGUGAUACCCGCUGUGGAGAAGUUGAUUUGCGGUAUUUACCAAAUCAGGUCCAUCAUAUUUUAGAAACAUGCAUCGUUGACUUUGUCCCGGUGAACCAACUUGAGAUUUUGCCACUUUCAUCCAGAGUAGACGGACGGCGACCCAUGGCUCCGGACAUUCGCAUCCUGAUUGUUGGAGCAGGCGCAGUUGGAGCAUUCUAUGGAUCUCGGUUACAUCGGCCGGAGCAAGGCGUCAAGGUCUCGUUUAUCUGUCGUUCAAACUACGAAGAGGUCAAGGCAAAUGGCAUGGAGAUCGAAAGCAGAACGUUUGGGAGGUACAGGAUCCGGCCUGAGCAAGUAUUCAAGUCGAUCGACGAAGCCGCCGAACUCGGAGGAUCAGGAACCGGGAGGAGGUGGGACUACGUGAUCCUCUGUACGAAAGUCUUGCCAGACCGAGUGGACGACUCAGCAUUACUCUCGCCCCUCCUCGCAGUAGCCGACCACGACGACCGGCCUCCGCCAACUCUAGUGCUGAUUCAGAACGGCAUAGGCUUCGAGGAUAAUCAUCGUCAGAGACAUCCCAAGGUACCCAUCCUCAGCGCCGUCACCGUCGUCAAUGCUGAACAACUCAAACCCAGCUUGGUCAGACAUAAUCGCUGGACUCGGAUCAGUAUAGGCCCUUAUCUCAAUUUCUCAUCUUACCUGGAACAUCCCCAUCCUCCAAUCGAUCCUCAACUUGAAGCCCAUUCACAAUCUCAGUUAAAGCUUUUGGUUGAAUUCCUGCGAAACGGUCAAAUUAAUGAUGCUGAAAUUUAUGGUGAAAAGGAUCUUCAAAUCCUCCGUUGGCAUAAAUUAGCCAUCAAUGCAUCGAUGAAUCCGACCUCAAUCCUAUCGGGCGGACUACCCUCAUCAGAGAUGGUGAAGAGCCCGCAGCUGCGCUCACAUCUCGAGGGAUGCAUGGAAGAGAUAUUUGAGGCGGCGAAGAAAGUCUUCAUGAUCGAGAGAUUCCCUGCGAAAUUCGCGAGCAUCGAGCGGAUCUUAGAGUCGACCGAGAGAGCAGGCGAACAGUCGACGAUCAAGCCGUCAAUGUUGGUCGACUGGGAACUCGGUAGGCUGCUCGAGAUCGAGGCCAUCCUGGGACUUCCAAUCCGAAUCGCCGCUCGUGCUGGCGUCAAACUUGCUCGGAUCCAGUCCAUGUACGCUUUCUUGACUCAGCUUCAGCUCGCUCGCUCGCAAAAGAACGGCUUGAAUCAAGCCAGGAUUUAAAUCUGUCUACACUCUUGAUCUUCUGGGUCUAUGUGCAUGAUGCUGAAGACUAGCGAUACAGACGCUUCAGAACGAGCUCGAUUCUCUUCAUUUCUUGAUAUUUAUCACAAAGACAUUAAAUUGAUUGGAUUGUGCAAAGAAGAUGUUCAAUUGUUUGUACUCUAGAAAUGUUGCACCAUACCGGAUGACAAGCAAUCCAAACCUUAAAAUAGAUCAG